AUGUCGCGCCGAACGCGACACCUCUGGCGCUGGGCGCGCGCGGUCGCCGUCUUCGCCCUCGUCUGGCUCGUCCUCAUCACCGCGCACCGCGACGAUGGCUCUCUCAACCCCUUCUCCCCGUCCACCUGGACCACCUCCCACGACACCGACCCAUUACUCAACAACCUCUGCCGGUCACACGGCUGGCAGCCCUACCGACCAUCGUCUUCCUCCUCAGCCCGCCCCCCGCGGCGCAAAGUCUACGACCUAAUGAUGAUCAACACCGAACUGGACCACCUCGAAAUCCGCCUCAACACCACCUGGCACGAAGUCGACUACUACAUCCUGGUCGAGUCCCGCCAAACCUUCACCAGCCGUCCCAAACCCCUCACCCUCCUCAACAACUACUCCCUCUUCGCCCCCUACCACUCCAAAAUGAUCUACCACGAAAUCCAAUACCCGCCCCAUUUCCGCCCCCGCACCCCCUGGGACAUGGAAGACCUCCAGCGCAACAGCAUGCUCACCCAGGUCUUCCCGCUGCUCACGGGCGACGCGGCGCCCAACAAGGGGGACGUCCUCGUUGUUUCUGAUGUGGAUGAGAUUCCGCGGCCGUCGACGCUGCGCACCCUGCGCGCGUGCGCCUUUCCCCGCCGACUGACGCUGGCAAGCCGGUUUUAUUACUACUCCUUCCAGUGGCUGCACCGGGGGCCCGAGUGGCCACAUCCACAAGCGACAUACUACCAAGGUCUACACAACACGUUACGACCGAACGAUCUACGGAUCGCCGACGGCGGGAUGUGGCCGUUCCGGGAGUGGGAAAAGGGCACGAUGGCGAAUGCGAGCUGGCAUUGCUCGAGUUGUUUUGCGACGGUGGGGGAAUUGUUGGGGAAAAUGGCGAGUUUUUCGCAUACGAGUAUGAAUCAGGAACGGUAUAGGGAUGCCGGGAGGAUUGUGGAGUAUGUUAGAAGGGGGAAGGAUUUGUGGGAUCGGAAGGGGGAGGUGUAUGAUCGGGUGGAGGGGAAUGGGGAUGUGCCGGGGUUUUUGUUGGAGAAUCGGGAGAGGUUUGGGUAUAUGUUGGAUCGGGACGGGGAGAAGGCGGGGUUUAGGGAUUAUGGGGGGUAG